CCUCUGUUUGUGCAACGUGCAGUGUGACACGCCAGGCUCGUAUUGGCCCCUAGGGAUAAAGGGUGUUCCCAGAAUAGCAGAAGGUGGACCGUAUCUUACUCGAGUGCCUCCUGGAUUAUUUCCUGCCCCUCCAGAACUGCCCGGUGUCGGGUAGUCGGGAAUCUUGUUGAGGAAUUAAUAGAGAAGUAGUCAGAGAAAAAAACUUGGUUUUUAAAUACUUUACGGAAGUAAUAUUGUGCUUUUUUUAUUAAUGGAGCUGUACUUUGUAUAUCCUAUAGUUUACUGUUGGAAUUACGUUGGAUGAAAGUGCAGCAACCACGAGUUGAAUAGAAAAGAGGAGGGCAAGAAAUGAGGUGCUUUGAUAGCGUGCUUGGAGGGAACACAGUAAGGAAAAUUGCCAGCAGAGGUGUCUAGACGGAGAGGAUGGAAACGCAUGUUUGAGGGGAAGGAUGAUCUGGUCUUCCAAGUAAGCGUGUGUGCUUUUAUCCUUCAGAAGGUUUAAUUGUUUGACUUUCCUCUUGUCUAAGGUUUAUGCUGUAAUCUGUCAUCUUAAAGUGGGUCAGUUUUUAGAAAGAUUGGGUUUGGUGGGUUACACAAAAAUUGUUAGUUCUCUCUCCCAGCCUACACUCAGUUGGAUCCUUAUUUGAAGAGAUUGUCUGUUAAUUCAGAUAGGAUAUGGGACGCUUAAAUACAUUUUUGAAAUAAGAUACUGUCAAGGCUUGCUUUACCAAGAAAUCGUGCAUCGAGAAGUCCUUGAUAUUUAAAAGGUAAAAUCUGUUCAACUGUUACCACUUGAGUGGUAUUUGGGAUAAGCUAUUCUUGAAGUUGAUUUGCUGUUUUGGAAAAUUUAGUGUAAACCAGGCUAAAUAAUUACAAGAUGUUAGUGAAUUGAAGAAUUUUUCAAUUUAUUGAUUCCUGCUUCUGGUAGGCGCAUUUGGCUGAUUUAGUCAUUUUAAUAUCUGCCUAAAACACAUGGGUGAAAGCAAAACUUCAUUUUUUUCCAGAAUAUCCUCUCAGUUCUCAGGAGCACAUCAUGACUGUCAGCAUGGUUGUGUGAUCUUGAAGAGGUGGUUUCAUCCCUAGGGAUUUAAACAGCACCAGGUACAUGUGAAGAUAUCUUGGCAGUUUAGUGUGGAAACCAUUGAUCACCUUGCCCUUACUUCUGCCUGUUCUGUGUUGACAAGGGAGAGUGCCCAAAUGAGCAAGAUAUCGCAGAACAGUACUCCAGGAGUGAACGGAAGAAGUGUCAUUCAUACUCAGGCUCAUGCCAGCGGCUUGCAGCAGGUUCCUCAGCUGGUGCCUGCCGGCCCUGGGGGCGGAGGCAAAGCUGUGCCUCCUAGCAAGCAGAGCAAAAAGAGUUCGCCCAUGGAUCGAAACAGUGAUGAGUACCGUCAACGCAGAGAGAGGAACAACAUGGCUGUGAAAAAGAGCCGGUUGAAAAGCAAGCAGAAAGCGCAGGAUACGCUGCAGAGAGUGAAUCAGCUCAAAGAAGAGAAUGAACGGUUGGAAGCAAAAAUUAAAUUACUGACUAAGGAAUUAAGUGUACUAAAAGAUUUGUUUCUUGAGCAUGCACACAACCUUGCAGAUAACGUGCAACCCAGUAGCACUGAAAAUACGACAAAUUCUGAUAAUGCAGAACAGUAAACCUCAUCCCUUCCAAACUUCACAACUUGUGGCUUGAACAUUAAAGGUGUGACUACCUUCACCCCUUGCAUCAUUGGCUGAACACUGUCUUAUUCCAUUAUUGAGAGAUCCAUUGAAGGUUGUUUUCUAGGAUCAGCACUGAAGAGUUGAUUAGCUAAAGAUGUUAGCCAUUUAAUUUGAAUAUCUGGUUUUAAAUAAGGAUUUUUGUGGGGAUAAAAAGAAAUUUUAAAGCAUAUGGUUAAAAAAAAUUGCCCUAGACCUCAUUAUUCUUAAUAAACUCUGACUUUCCAAGAAACGUUUCUUUUUUAGGUUGACAAAAGGAAUGGGAAACUGGCAAGCCUUGCAGGAGGUUCUUGGUUUUAACGGAUGUGGUUAAUUGAAGAAAAGUUGAAUGUUGCCUAUGUUUAUCUGUUUGUGACUUUUCUAAAUUAUGUAUUAAAAAUGCUUAGGGCUAUAGAAACCAAUCACUUUGUAAUUUGGAGUGAUUUUAUGUAUAGCUUAAACAUUGUUUUAGCAUAAUUAGUACUGUUCUCCCCAACAAAUACAAGUUUUUGAAAAGCGAUGUCAAGUGAAGUAAGGAAACCCCAAUGCAUUUUGAAAGCAGUAUGCAGUCAGUUGGCCUAAAAAUGUAAAUAGCAUUUAGGAAGCAAAUAGGUUUUUUAAAAAUGAAAGCAAAGCAUAUUAGAAUUACACUUUUGGGAUACCUUUUCGGUAUAGAAUUGGCAUUAUUUUGUUUCAUUAAAAAAAAAAACCAACUCAGAGGUUUAGAGAAACUUGUGUACCAAAUUUUAGUUUCUGCCGAUGCUAGUAAAGUAAGCAGUUUUUUUCUUUGAUGUACUAUUUGGACAGCCAAGUUAGUAAACAAAAACCUCUUAACAGUUUGUGGCUAUACAAGAUUAGGAGUUUGAAUAUUAAUUUCAGCUGGUAGUUUCUCCUGUGAUCAAAUGUACUGCAUUGGGGCCUGGUUUCUGGAAGCAAAAAUUCUUGUGAAGGAUCAUUUGGUAUUUGAUCUUAACCAACUGAUUAUUAGAAAAAUUCAUCAUCAACUUUGCCAUUUUCCAAAAUAAUAGUCUAAGAAAACUUGAAAGUGUAAGGUUUAACCUUUAAUUUAUUUCACUUAAACACAUCUUUGUAUAUUGUUUUUGUGACAUUGCUUUUUCUAAGUAGUGGGCUGUUCUUCCAGACUUUUGUACCACUUUUUAUUCAUUUAUAUGCAUUUAUGUCCCAUAAAUUAUUUUAGCAAGAAAACACUGAUAAAACUCAGGAUAUUGACAUUUUUGUUGAGACUAAAAAAAUGGCAGUCACUAAAGACAAGAAUCUCUAGGGUCUGGCAUAUAUCUAUGUUGGUAGUUUUGAUUGUCCUUGUUGACUUUUUUUUUUUAAGCACAAAUCUAGCUCAAGUUUGUUGAUGUCUGUGUUUCUGUUUUUCUUUUUUGGGGGGUGACUGGGCUCGUGAUAAGAGACGGAGUCACAUGAUUUAAAAAGUUUGUGUUACCAGUUAUCUCAUUUGAACAUUUUGGGUCACGUUGUUUAAUACUAGGACCUGGGACAAUGUAACCAAUGUAAGUCAAGUUGCACCCUUUGGUUGGUGGAAGAGUGCUGUCUGUGCCCUUCUUUUGGGUGGGAGGAGACAUCAUGGUGUCCUGCAACUCAACAAAGUCAUUAUUAAAGGCCAAGAGUCCCUUCUGCACGUGACAGGAGCCCAGUAUUGUUCUGUAAGAGCUACUGUCCCAGAAGUGUUAACUCCCUAUAGAGCCAGGAGACAGGGUAGGGGUUUCUGUUAGAGUCCAGCAUCUUUGGAGUAUCGAUCUACUUGUAGGUUGAUAGAUGCUUUAAAUAACUAUGGAGGAGAUACCCACAGAAUCCUACUGACUCUUAAAUGGCACCUCAUUCAAGAUGCAGUUAGGUCACUUGAAUCUUUAAGCAUCUAUAAGAGGUGCUACAGACAUUUUAAUCUCUUAUUUACUAAAGAAUGUCUUUCAGAAAUUGAUGUCUCAUAGAAUUUAUUGUUACCGAUUAUAUGAAUUGACCUAACUCUUGGACAAGAAGCUUUAGGGAGAUCAUAAGGUAUGUACUCCAUUAUUUCAAAUAACAAAAGAUUGUAACUUUUGGAAAAAUUGAUUCAAGCUUUUACUUAAGCAAAUCAAAACUAGCACAAGCAGUCACUUAUGCAUAGAGUAAAAAUGUUAACCAUUGUCUUGACUAUCUUACUGAAGUGUUUGGGAAUGAAAGUUUUUAGUUUGAUAGAUUUAUCAGUAUAAAAUUGAGGGUAACCAAGUAUGGGGAAUAGGUAAGUUUAGAGCUUUGGGAACUGAAAUGACUUCUGUAACUUUUGUUCUCUAGGUUACACAUUAGGAUAUGAUCUGCCUUUGCUGGUAGGUCUAGUGGUUUAGGAAUUAGGCUUUAGUAUAAAUUCCUAGCUGCGUCUGAGUCUUCCAGGAUGAGUACUUUCUGACUGGUUUUGGCUGCAGAUGGUGAGUUCAGAACAGCCCUUCCUGCUGUCUGGCCCCUCUUAGUUAAGGGGAUGUGAGCUCAGAUAAUUUGGACAUUCUUAAUAAGAAUUAGUAAGAUUUUAAUAAAAUAUGACCAGAAUUCUGAAAUUCAGGUCUUGAGUGUGAAAUUCUCAAAUUUACAUAAGGAAGUAGAAGUAUGUAUAAUUUAAUAUUUGGUAUUAAAAGAAAGAAAAUUGUAGCAGCGUUUGAUGUUUCUUAAUCCCCAUUAGAAGUCUUGAGACUUUGUAUCUAAACAACCCCUUUAAAGUACUCAGUGUUUUUGAUGCCUUAGAAAUAGGAAGACAAUUUUGUUUGACAAAAGCUAGGAAAGUCCAUUCUACAGCUGUUAGAGCUGCCUCUCAGGAAAAAGUACUUACCUUGUUCUUUUUGUUCCUGGCUUUCCUCAGUUUGUGAGAUUACUCUAUUUUUUUAAAAUAUAAUUUUAUUUCUUUCAAUGAAUUUGAAAUAAAAAAACUUUGGAAUAAUGA